AUGUGUUCGAAACAUGCUCGUAGCCAUGCACAUCCUGCCUACCCAACCUACUAUCUAUGGAGGUCUGCAAUCAAGGCCGCUCUGGAGGAACGCGGAAAGGACUUAAGCGCAUCGCAAUACGCUAUGCGUAUGUUUAUGACCGCGUUCAGGAUGGGCUUGAUUCUAGUCAAAGGUGUUUCCUCGGGACCCACUGCCGCCACUCAGGGCAAACUCUAUCUACUUCGGACGAGAGGAGGGGUUGAACAGCUCAAAGCCAAGUCAGCGAAGUUGCAGGCGGCCACAAAGGCGAGCAAAUUACAAGGCUUCCAAGCACCUCUAACGCGGUGUGAGGAAGCAAUUACCUCUACCGUAGCAAACCACCUUCCCAUGCCGGCGCAGGCCUAUGGUACGCAGCCUAUCCCAUCGAAGACACUUCCCAUGGUAGACCAUCGUACCCGAGAGGUUGAUGCGAGUUGCACGUACGAGGCUCCCUCCGCUAGCUCCGAAACCUGACACUACGACGAUGACGUCUGUCGGUGCGGAGCUAAGCGGAUACCCAAAUCUCCAUAUCAUUUAACGCCCUUAUAUUCGGGCGCAAUCACCGACGAACGGGUGUUUUAACCACG